AAGUAUUGAGUUUUUAAAAUGAUCAGAAAUGGAAAAUGGGAAAAGAAGGGAAAGAAAGGUGGAUGGAAAAACAAAAAAAAGUGGGACAACGAGGAAUGUUGUUCUGCUUUAGAUAAACUGACAUUGGAUGAAGAGCAAACAGAUGAAAAAAAGAAAGAUUUUGGACGAGGUCUUCCUUUCCCUUUGUUAAUGUGGGAUCUAGGACACUGUGAUCCAAAGAAAUGUUCAGGACGUAAGCUUGAAAGACUUGGUUUUGUAAGAUCAUUAAAGCUCUCCCAGAAAGCUCAUGGUAUAAUUCUUAGUCCUCUGGGACAGAAAUGUUUGUCUGCAGAGGAUGUAGACAUUGUGGUACAGUCAGGUGUUGCUGUAGUUGACUGUUCAUGGGCAAAAAUUGAUGAUACUCCAUUUGGCAAAAUGAAAGGUGGACAUGCUAGGUUGUUGCCAUAUUUAGUUGCUGCUAAUCCCAUCAAUUAUGGUCAUCCAUGUCGGCUGUCAUGCGUUGAAGCAUAUGCAGCAACAUUGUACAUAACAGGAUUCAAAGAUCUUGGUUCUGAAAUACUUAAGUGCUUCAAAUGGGGUAAAGGAUUUUAUGAUCUUAACAGGGAAUUGCUGGAUAUUUAUUCUGCAUGCAAAAACAGUGGGGAGGUAGUUGAAGCUCAAAACAAGUGGAUAGAAGGUUUAAGAAAUAAGCAGAAGGAAAGCAAUAGUUAUGAUAUGACUACAAUUGAUGACUCCAAAGAACACUGGAAUCCAAAUAGGAAUUUUGUUGACAUUGAAUCAUCCUCCAGUGAAGAGGAAUUGUAUGAAGAAAAUAGUGCAGAAUGUGGAGAGGAAAGUGAUGAUGAAAGUAACAGGACUACAGAAGAAGUGGUUCAGAGUGUUACAGACAGAUAAGAUAGUUACAAUGUUAACCUCAUUUGACAGCCUGGCUUGUCAUUCGUUGUUGACUAGUUGUGUGGAAAAAUCAGUUUGACUGAAUUAAAAUCAUACUUUGAGCAACUCCUGGCAACUUGUAUUGCAAGUUGCUAAAAAUAAAGAAAACAUAAAGAAAACAAUAUGAAAAAUUAGCACUUAAAUGUAGCACUUAUGUUCAAAUGCAUCUGCAAUGUAUUUAUUAUUAAUUCAGCGAUGGCCAUUGUUAAAAAGGGUAAUUGUCAUUUGAGUUCAAGUGGAUAAUUAAGUUACUCAGGCUUGAAGUUUUAAAAUGGAACAUUAAAAUUCAAAUGUAACCAAAGGCUUAUUUUCUGAAUUCCUGACACAAAUGUUCAUAACAAGAAAAGAAUUAUUCCAAAGGGAUAUGAUAUUUAUUUUUAGAAAAGUCGAGUGGAGACUGGAGAAGGCUAUCAAUAUGAUUAUGAGCUGAACUCAAGUGAUGCGAAGGCGUUGGCAUUCAUUCGUCAAGAGUGAAGAGUUGUUGCUUGAGCGCUUCUGUUUAAAAAAGCUAGAAAAAUAUCUGAAUUGUUCUUCCUUUUGAAGAUAUGGCAACACAGUUCUCUACUCAAACUGUCACGGUCACAACUCAACCUGGUGGUCUGCGAAAUUGGAACAGUAGUCUUUUCUCGUGUUUUGAUGACAUAAAGACCUGUCUUUGUGGAUGUUGUUGCAGUUGCUGUCUUGCAAUUCAAGUUGCCACACGUAUGGGAGAAAGCUGUUUGUUCCCGCUCUGCUGUCCAGGAGCUCUGCUGGCCAUGCGAGCUAAGUUGCGAGGAGAACAGAACAUCCAGGGUGAUUUGUGUAAUGAUGCGAUCGUUGUUGAAUGCUGUGGUCCAUGUGCUCUUUGUCAAAUGUCCAGAGAGUUGGAUAUCCUUGGCCGAUAAAGUCUUUGUUCCUUCCUGGCAUUUCUUUCGCAACUAUGCAUAUAUAAACAUGUUUUUCUCGCAAAGAACGUAUUUUUAAUUAGUGCCAAGUUUAUUUUGCAGUACACGGAUAUGAUGUCAUAUUAUGAGUACUACCUUUUUUGUAAGCAAUAAAUGUCUUUGCUAACUUACAAAGCGAUAUGGGGUAAUUGCAGGCCUGGGUGAUCCUAAGUGUUAUAAUUGUUAUUUGGUAUGUUGCUCAUCACGAGAUUCUUUGCGAAAAUUCUCUUCCAAAUUGACUUGGUUGUGAUUUGUAUUCGUUGUAGGAACAUUUUUAUUCCUACUUGUUCUGAAUCAGACCUGGUUUGUACAUCUUGUUUAGUAGCUGCCUUUAAAACAAGGAAUGAGAAAAGCCAGAAUCUGUCGGUAAAACGGCUAAUAGAAUUACGGCUUUUUCAUUUCUUGUUUUUUUGCUUGUUAGCGUGGGUUAUACGACAUAGUCUUCAACAUUAUUUUUUGGUAGUAUGAUCCUUGAUCCGUGGUAACAAACUGAUAUAACCAAGGAACAGCGUGGCACUGGGAACAACUGAAAUUAUGCAGCCUCCUGGACUCUGAUUGGGGCAUCAUUCUGGGCGCCAAAAAUAAACUAUAUGAAUAAACCCAACGGUCCCAACUGAAGAUACUGCUGGUUAUUGCUGGUAAAAUAUUUUUCCAAUUCACAGAGAAUUUAUGCAAAAAAAUGACUGGAACGAAAAUUACAGACGGAGACCGAAAGAGAAUUGACUCGAAGUUCAUCUGCGUUAUUUGUCAUUUCCUGUUGUUUGAACCAGUGCAGACCAUCUGUGGUCAUCUCAUGUGUCUGUCGUGUUUUGAAACCUUGCUUGGGUAAGGUGAUUUGAUGAAAAUUGUUCUUAUCAUGGUACCAUGACAAGUGAAAUGACAUCACGAGAAGGUUGUAUAUUUUAGCAACUGUCGUCAUAUUAUCGGUUGAAAAUCAUUAUGUUCAUGGAAUGACGACAGUGAAACGUGAUGAUGAAAUGGGUUACUGUAUGUAAUACGGCAGGUUUUUUCCUAAAAAAUUCAUUCUUUCUCAGGAGUUCAACUCCAAGAUGUCCUGAAGAUGGUGAGGAGUUAAGUAAAGAAAAAGCAUUUUCUGAUGCUUUCACAAAACGUGAGCUUAAUGGUCUUGAAAUACAUUGUGCAAAUCUCGAUUGUACGUGGAAUUCUAGCUACGAUAAACUAGUGAGCCAUUCUCAGGUCUGCGAACAUGCAAUUAUACAGUGUGUCCAUUCCCAGUGCAAGAAUAAAAUCAAACGCUCUCACUUGGGUGAACAUUUGAAGAAGGAAUGUGAAUAUCGGAGUGCUAGCUGUCAAUAUUGUCGUAAAGAUGUUGCAUUUGCCUCGAUGAAGGAACACGUCGCUACGAGCUGUGAAGCUGCACCUG